CAUUGGAAAGAUGGCAGCGCCCUUGAUACGGGGAGUAACUUUGCGGGUCCGGGCUGAAUUUCGGGUAACUUGGAUAUAUCGAGGGUUCGGCACUUCAGCUACAUGUUGCAGAAGGGUAGCCCCGCUGGGUCCGAUGCCCAACAUGGACAUUGAUAUGAAAAACCUUGAUGACCUGGAGAAAUACCGCAGCUACACUCGAUAUCUGAAGGUGGCAGGGGAGGAGAGCAGAAAAGUGCACUGGUGGAAAACCUACAGACAAUAUCUCAAUCAGGAUGAGGAGAAGAGUGAGAGGAUUGACAUUGGCCUGCCCAGCCACCGGGCUCCCCGAAUCAAGGAAGUGAAAGAGAGGAAGAGGAUGAUGAGAGAGAACCACAAGAACAGCGAGAUGGAGAGGGCCACACGCCUUCGCACACUGUCGAUACCCCUGGAUGAAGUGAAGGCUGAGUGGGAGAGAACCAGUGGUCCCUAUGAUAUACAGAAAGUGGCAGAGCAUUAUGGGGUGUAUCAAGACCUCUUCCACGGCGCCACCUUCGUCCCACGGAUUGUACUUCGGGUCCAGUACAGCCUAGAUGAGGAGCACAGUCUGCCGGUGCAUCGUGGGAAUGUGGUUACCCCCUUCGAGGCCACUUCACAACCAGAAGUAACCUUUGAGGCUGAGGAGAGUUCCUUGUGGACCUUGUUGCUCACAAACCCAGACGGACAUUUGAGAGACAAUGACGCAGAAUAUGUCCACUGGAUUGUUGGAAACAUUCCUGGGAAUGCAGUUCAGUCUGGAGAACAGAUCUGUCACUAUUUGCCACCGUUUCCAGCAAAAGGAACUGGAUACCACAGGUUUAUAUUCAUCCUGUUUAAGCAGGAGCGGCCAAUUGAUUUUACAGAGGACUGCUUACCAUCACCCUGUCACAGCUUGGAAUCCAGGACAUUUCAGACAUUUGAUUUCUAUAGAAAGCACCAGGACCACAUGACUCCAGCAGGAUUGGCCUUCUUUCAGAGCCAGUGGGACAAUUCAGUCACACACACCUUUCACCAGCUGCUCAAUAUGAAGGAACCAGUGUUUGAAUAUGAUAGGCCUCCAGUGUAUCACCCUCCACAGAAGAAAUACCCACAUGGCGAGCCAGUGAGGUACCUGGACAGGUAUAGGGACAGCCAGGAAACCACAUAUGGCAUCUAUUAAUCUGGGCAGUGUUACACUACGAUUCUACUGGACACUGCUAGAUUUUCAUAUCAUGUAGCAGUACUGAAAAAUAAUACAUUUUAGAAAAAAUGAUAUGUAUAUAUACAUGUUCUUCUAUGCAUGUACCAUUGAAGAACUCUCCAGACUUCCAAACCACACAUUUACAAUACAAAAUGAGCUGCUCUGAUUUCAACAACAAACUGACUCCAGUUCUGUUACAAUUCACAACCUCACAAUUUCAAACGUCAUACACAAAGAGAAGGAGAUGUGACACCUUUUUAUUGGACUAACUAAAUAAUAAUUAUUCACAGGCUUUCAAGACCUCAAAGGUCUCUUCUUCAGAUGAAAGUAGGAAAGAGAGAUUGAUGUUUGCAAUCUCCAACAUAAUGCACGGUCAUUACGUUUUGAGAACAGCAACAAUUCCUAGCAUACUUAAGUUUCCACCACCAGUAUCCACCUUGUGUCUCCCCAUUUACUUACACCUUUAUUUAAUAUAAAUAGUUAUUUUCACUCUACAUAUACCACCUCAUGUGACUAGUUAUAGUUAUAAAUAUGGUUUAUCUUUUUUUUCUUGUCAUUACAAUCCAGUUUGAUGUGCAGUAUACGGAUAGGGUAUAAGUGCAGCUUCCUUUUAAUUAAAAAAAAUAAAAAUAAAUGUAAUUGGGUUGCCAGGGUAUGGGGCCAGCACUAACCACAAUAAAAAAAAAUAUCUCACCAAAAACACAUAGCUUGCCUUAUAACUAGGGCUGUUCUUUUUGGUCGCCUGAUGCUCUUUUAAAGAUAUUAUGAGCUGACUCUGUUUCUUAAUUAAACUCUUGGAAAAGUGUUCAUUGUGAAACAAGUUCACUUUUGUUUUAAUCUCCGGUAACUUGAAUGAGACUCUGAUUCUGCUUCAUUGAUAAUGUAAAAAGAUAAUUAAAAAGCCAGCUCCUAUUUCUUAUUCAAAACGAACACAAAAAGUGAGUUCAGUUAAAUUGCUUUUCCCAGAUUUAAAAUCUUAAUGACUCAUUGCAAAAAUCUUAUAACUUGUUUUGCAAUUAAGUUUCCUCUUAAUUGUGAUUUAAUUAAAUCAAUUUAACUUUACUCUGUGUUUGCAUUCAGUUUGAAUGAAAACAAUAAGGAGCAAAUUUUUUUUCAAUUUUUUUUUUUCAAUUUUUUUUACAUUAUCAAUGAAACAGAGUCAUAGUCUCAGGAGAGAAAACUAACAUGAACUUGUUUUACAAUCAAACUUUUUCCAAGAGUUUAAUCAAAUGGUGUUGGCUCAAAAAAAAAAAAAAAAAAAAAAAGGGACGUCACGCAAUCAAAAAUAAAAAACGAAACCGUUUUGAUAAAUAUAUUACUUGGUGUAUUUCUUGUAGUGCUGCUACAUGCUUGAGUAGAUGUGAGCAGGGUGAACUUUCUGAAUUAAAUUUUCUUUUUUUUUUUUUUUUUUUUUACAUCACAUUACCAGUUUUGUAUUACACAAUAAACACUCAUCUGGGAA